CCAUGCUGAAGCUGCGAGUCCCACCUGACCCCCUUGCUGCCUCUCCAGGGCCUUUCCUGGCUGCGCCCCCAGGCCUGCGCAGCCAUGCUGCACCUGCUGGUCCUCUUCCUGCACUGCCUCCCGCUGGCCUCUGGGGACUACGACAUCUGCAAAUCCUGGGUGACCACAGAUGAGGGCCCCACCUGGGAGUUCUACGCCUGCCAGCCCAAGGUGAUGCGCCUGAAGGACUAUGUCAAGGUGAAAGUGGAGCCCUCAGGCAUCACAUGCGGAGACCCCCCUGAGCGGUUCUGUUCCCACGAGAACCCCUACCUGUGCAGCAACGAAUGCGACGCCUCCAACCCGGACCUGGCCCACCCUCCCCGGCUCAUGUUCGACAGGGAGGAUGAGGGGCUGGCCACCUACUGGCAAAGCAUCACGUGGAGCCGCUACCCGAGCCCGCUGGAGGCCAACAUCACCCUGUCCUGGAACAAGAGCGUGGAGCUGACGGACGACGUAGUGAUGACUUUCGAGUACGGCCGGCCCACGGUCAUGGUCCUCGAGAAGUCCCUGGACAACGGGCGCACGUGGCAGCCCUACCAGUUCUACGCCGAGGACUGCAUGGAGGCGUUCGGCAUGUCCGCCCGCCGCGCGCGCGACAUGUCCUCGUCCAGCGCCCACCGCGUGCUGUGCACGGAGGAGUACUCGCGCUGGGCCGGCUCCAAGAAGGAGAAACAUGUGCGCUUCGAGGUGCGGGACCGCUUCGCCAUCUUCGCCGGCCCCGACCUGCGCAACAUGGACAACCUGUACACGCGGCUGGAGAGCGCCAAGGGCCUCAAGGAGUUCUUCACGCUCACCGACCUGCGCAUGCGCCUGCUGCGCCCGGCGCUGGGCGGCACCUACGUGCAGCGCGAGAACCUCUACAAGUACUUCUACGCUAUCUCCAACAUCGAGGUCAUCGGCAGGUGCAAGUGCAACCUGCAUGCCAACCUGUGCUCCGUGCGCGAGGGCAGCCUGCAGUGUGAGUGUGAGCACAACACCACCGGUCCCGACUGCGGCAAGUGCAAGAAGAACUUCCGCACCCGCUCCUGGCGUGCUGGCUCCUACCUGCCGCUGCCCCAUGGCUCUCCCAACGCCUGUGCCGCUGCAGGCUCCUUCGGCAACUGUGAGUGCUACGGUCACUCCAACCGCUGCAGCUACAUUGACUUCCUGAACGUGGUGACCUGUGUCAGCUGCAAGCACAACACCCGUGGCCAGCACUGCCAGCAUUGCCGUCUGGGCUACUACCGGAAUGGCUCAGCUGAGCUGGAUGACGAGAACGUCUGCAUCGAGUGUAACUGCAACCAGAUUGGCUCUGUCCACGACCGGUGCAACGAAACCGGCUUCUGCGAGUGUCGAGAGGGCGCUGUGGGGCCCAAGUGUGACGACUGCCUCCCCACGCACUACUGGCGCCAGGGCUGCUACCCCAACGUCUGCGACGACGAUCAGCUGCUCUGCCAGAACGGCGGCACCUGCGUGCAGAACCAGCGCUGCACCUGCCCGCGCGGCUACAUAGGCGUGCGCUGCGAGCAGCCCCUCUGCGACCCGGACCGCGACGGCGGCGGCGGCAGCGGCCUGGACUGCGACCGCGCCCCCGGGGCCGCCCCGCGCCCCGCCACCCUGCUCGGCUGCCUGUUGCUGCUGGGACUGGCCGCGCGCCUGGGCCGCUGAGCCCCGCGCGGGGGACCCGCGCCCGCCGCGCCCUGAGCCGGAGGCCUGGAGGCCAGGGGUUCCGGGGUCCCGGGCACCGGGCUGGCGUCCAGGCCCGGCGGCGAGAGGGUGCGGCCCGGCUGCUCCCAGGUGCUAUCAGCAGUGCUUCUGCCCCGCGGCCUGCGAUCCCG